AGAAAAUAAAAAUGUAUAUUUUUACAUAUACUUUUAUAUUAUUAUUGUUAGGAGUGUCUUACAUUGUGGCUAUAGAAUCUCCAACAUUUAGCAAGACUUAUACAGUAAAAGGAACUUUAUAUAUUCCAUAUGCAGAAAUCCGUGAACCAUUUUAUGCGUGGUAUGAUGGCACACGUGGAUCUAGUAGAAUUGAUUAUUAUGGAGGAAUGGUGAAAACUUUCCAAUUGUCUCACAAAGGAGAAUAUGGAAAAAGUAUAAAAAUUGCUCCAAUUACCACAGAAUCUGCUAUCAAUGAAGAAACAUGUCUUGAAGUAAAUGGUACUAAAGAAAUAAAAAUACAACCUCAAGUUAUUAUACCAGAUACUACUAGUAUGCAGUGUAUUGGAGAGGAAAUAGUUAAUGGAUUAUUAUGUGAAAAAUGGAGAUUGGAACAACAGAUUGAUGAAAAGAUAAAUAAAUAUACUCUUUGGAUAAGAUAUAAGAAAUCUCCACAUUUACCUAAUUUUAAAGAACCAAUUCCUGUGAGGUAUGAAAUGAGAGGAUUUAAUAGUCUUUUGGGCUCUCACUAUGAUCAUUACUAUUUAGAUUAUGAUUGGUACUCAUCUGAUAUACCUAACUCAGAAGUAUUUGAAAUUACAACAAAUAUGACAUGUAUUGGUUUUCCUGGACCUGGAGACAAACAUAUAUAUACAUUUAAUCCUAUGCGUGAAUUUGUUCAUAAUUAUGACACACAUGUAAAUGAGGCAUUUGAAGAUUUCAAAAAAAUUCAUAACAAAAAAUAUAAGAAUCAUACAGAUCAAUUGAUGCGUAAAGAAGUAUUUAGACAAAAUUUAAGAUUUAUACAUUCAAUUAAUCGAGCUAAUAAAGGCUACCAAUUAAAUGUUAAUCAUUUAGUAGAUCAUACUGAGUUAGAAUUAAAAGCUUUACGUGGUAAACAAUAUAGUAAAGGUUACAAUGGAGGGCAACUUUUUCCUUAUAAUGUUGAACAAGAAAUAGCAAGUAUCCCAGAUAACUUAGAUUGGAGACUCUAUGGUGCUGUUACUCCUGUUAAAGAUCAAUCUGUUUGUGGAUCUUGUUGGAGUUUUGGCACAACUGGUGCAGUUGAAGGCGCGUAUUUCAUGAAGUACGGUAAAUUAGUGCGUUUAUCUCAACAGGCACUUAUUGAUUGUUCAUGGGGUUUUGGAAACAAUGGCUGUGAUGGUGGUGAAGAUUUUAGAUCGUACCAAUGGAUCAUGAAGCAUGGAGGUUUGCCUACAGAAGAUGAAUAUGGUGGUUAUCUUGGACAAGAUGGUUAUUGUCAUGUAAAUAAUAUUUCAAUGAUAGCAAAAAUUACUGGUUAUGUAAACGUAACAUCAGGCGAUGCUAAUGCUUUAAAAAUUGCUAUUGCAAAGCAUGGUCCAAUUUCAGUUGCAAUCGAUGCAUCUCAUAAAACAUUUUCAUUUUAUUCUCAUGGAAUAUAUUAUGAACCAACUUGUGGUAAUACAGAAGAGUCGCUAGAUCAUGCAGUUUUAGCUGUCGGCUAUGGCAAAAUAAAUGGAAAGGAUUAUUGGUUAAUCAAAAAUUCAUGGUCAAAUUACUGGGGUAACGACGGAUAUAUUCUUAUGUCUCAAGAAAAAAAUAAUUGUGGUGUAUUAACAACUCCAACAUAUGUUACCAUGUAAAAAAAAUAACCAAUAUUAUUUUUAUGUUUUUAAUGUAAAAGUAUAUGAAAAA